UAGAUACUGUAGUCUGCGUUCCAAGAAGUGCAACCCAUCAACCGCUUAAAAAGCGACCUUAGUGUGUCCAUCCCAAAAAGCUUCUUCGCACCUGAAUGAACGUGGACUGGAGAUCCCCGAGUUAUGAUGCCCGCCACAAGCUUGCGCGCAACUGACACAUGUAGGUGCAUUCAUCUGGUCAGCGACUGACAUAGACCGACAGGGCACACGUGGGUGCAGCUUCUCCCAAGUCCAACGCGCUCACUUGGUCAUCUAAUAUGACAUGAAAUUUUCUCCAGGCAUUUAAAGCCCCUUCACCCACCUCAGGUUUCUUUACUCUGCCCUCAGCGACAACGAUAUUGAUAUCAUCCUAGCACGACAGCCAACACGAAAUCAACAACAAAAUGGGUAUUGUGCUUGCUAUUGGCACAAUGGCUGCCAGCGCAGGCAUCAUAGCUGGUACUAUGAGCGCGGGCCUUUUAGCCCUCGACUGCAAGGGAAAGCCUGAGUGGCGUUGCCCUGAACCAUCACCCGAUGACCCGGAAAAUAUCCCUAGAUUAGGACCGGUCGCAAUCUACAUCACGAACGGCCACAAGGAGUGGCCCAAACUUGAUAUGUAUGAGAAAGCGCCGAUCGUCGUCAAUGACAAUGAAAAAAAGCCACGUUUCGAGACAAAGGAUGGUAGAGAGCAACUAGACAAACCCAUACUAUAUCGUCACUAUCCAGCGGUGGCACCCAACGGCCAACUUGUGUAUGAAUUCGACAGGAUCCCGACGAAAUUCUCCAUCUAUCCCAAUGUGUCGGAGCCACUUUGUAUCGCAGGCGUCUCCGUCGUGGACGCUUUGGGGAACUACAUCACUGUCUCCGGCAAUUACGCUGCACACUGCGGCGCUGGUUGGGGAAUGUCCAAAAACAAAGUCUUGGGCGACAAAGACCCGCAAUGCAUGUGGAUUGACAAGUAUCAGACGAAUGGCAUCACGGUCAAAGGUUUCACGUUUGAUUUGGUCGCCGAAGAGAAGAAUACCAAGAAGACGCACAAGGACCCGGAUAAGUACCCAAAUGCCCUCUCAGAAUUAUGCCAGCCGCCCUUCCUCCAAGAUCAGAGGAUUCAACACAAACGUGACGGUUCUACAGAUGCAGAGGACGAGAGGCUUUUUGAGUAUUACCCUGGCGAGUUUACGAGUAUCACAGCGGAACCGGCUUCCAAAAUCGACUUUGGCACCCGUCUCAUCAAGAGCAACCUCACCUACAACAGUGCCGUGAACAUGUGCCAGGACCAGGCCUCGAAAGGCCCGCAUUUCGUGAGCCACCAUGAGAAGAUGUACUGCGAUAUGACGGCCAAACGUCUAUACUCCCUAUGCGAGGCGGAUACCACGGGGACGUGCUUCGACGAUGACCAAGAUGCACUUGUCGAGAGGGGUGGUGCCGCCGAGUUCAGUGUGGCCAGCGUUGGUGCGAUCAAGGCGGCAACGGUCAAGACUUUCGAAAAGGUGUCCGUCUGGGAGUAGACGGCAAGAAGGGAACGUUGGGAACCUGGCGUACCCUGGGUCCAUGGAAGAGGAUGCGAUAAGGCCACGGUUGACAUGAGUUAUGCUGUCUGGGUGCCAGAGCGAUGGGGAUUUGGAGAUCGUCCCUGCCACUGGUCCGAAACGAGAUGAAAUGACGGGCGGGCUGCAGCAUCCUACUGAGUAAGUAAUAUGUAACGUGGGAACUAUCCUGGGGAAAUGGGAAUGUCUGGAG